GACAACAUUUCCAUCUACCUAUCAUAUGUAAACACCAUAUCAACAUUUCAACAACGAUAUAUUAAUUAAUUUAGACCUAUCACAUUAGCACCAUAACAUAUAUUUGUUUGCAUAUUCUUAGUGGUGCUAGCUUUUUAAAUAUGGCUAAUGUUCCUAUGAGGUUUCAGAGAGUGAUGGAAGCAUUUGAUGCUGAUGUGGCACUAUCACGUGGGAAGCUCUGCAGCGAGAGCAGUGGAAGCGAGCACUCUCCGGAGAGUUCACCUGAUUUGUCUGAUCUCGUGUUGUCUUUCAUGGAAGACAGCGAAAGAUCAGGGGAAGAAAAAGAUGUUGUUGCUCGCAGCAAAGAUUGUGAUGGAAAGGGUGCUGAAGAUGUUGAAGAAAUUGGUGAAUGGUGUGAUAGUGAGAAGAAUGAAAUUUUGAAGGGAUUGUUUGGUGGGAAUGAAGAUGUUGUUGAUGAGGAUGAAAAAGAUGCUAAAGAAAGGAUUAGAAGAGAGGUUGAGCUUGCAAUUGGACUUCUUGGCAGUGAUUCAUUUCCUGGAUUCAAACGUUCCUUGAUGUCUUGCUUAAGGGAGAAAGGUUUUGAUGCUGGGUUAUGCAAAACCAAAUGGGAAAAAAAGGGGAAAUUAACAGCUGGGGACUAUGAGUACAUUGAUGUCAAUCUUUCAGGAAAACGUUACAUAAUCGAAGUUUCCCUUGCUGCUGAAUUCGAAAUAGCUCGACCAACAAACCAAUAUUCUUCUUUGCUAAAUAUUUUUCCAAAGAUUUUUGUUGGUAAAAUGGAAGAACUCAAGAGAAUUGUGAGGCUAAUGUGCUCUGCAAUCAAAGGCUCAAUGAAAAAAAUGGACCUACACAUACCACCAUGGAGGAGAAAUUUGUACAUGCAAACCAAAUGGUUUAGUUCUUACAAAAGAACAACCAAUGCAGUUGCAACUAUAAAAGCAUCUUCACAUUUUUCAGUUGAGUCUUUUUGUCCUAAAAAGUUUAUGGGAUUUGAAGCUCGACAUGUGAAAGCAUAUAAUUGUAGGGAUGAUUAUGUGGGGAUUAAUAAUGGGUUUAGGGUUGGUCAUUUGGCUGCUGCUUUAAAUUCUGAUAACUUUGGAUUGUAAUUAUAGUUGCAUUUGUUCUAUUUUGUAUAAAAGUGCUUUAGUUAAGUGGUUGUGUUAGGUACUAGAGAACAAAUUUCUCUCAUGCAUAGCCAUGGAAAUUCUUGUCAGUUUUGGGUAGAUAUAGCAAACAAUUGAGAUUCAUUGUUAGCAAUUUUUGUUUGUUCGUUUGAGAUAAAUAUUGUGGAAAAAAUAUUGUACAGUACAUGAUUGGUUUCUUGGCCAAAGAUCAAUGUCAAAUAUCCAAUUGUUACC